AUGACAAGAUCCAACAUCAUUACUUGGCAAGGACGGUUUGAUAUUCUUUAUGCAAAAUGUUGUGAUUCAAAUGCUAUAGAGGUUUCAAACAAUGAUGAACAAUCCAAGGUCAACCUAGAAAACCCGAGGGAUGAUCUGAAGGUAAGGAUUGAAGUGUUUGAAGCUCGAGUUGUUGCUCAAGUAGAGUAUGUCAGAGUUAUUGUUGAUCACCUGAGUAGAACUAAUGAUAUUCUUAAUAUUGGUCCUUAUGAUGUUGAAAUUGAUCCUUCUAUUCCAAUUCCUGAUGACAAUCUUGCUCCUGUUGAUAUUCUUCCAUCUGAUGUUGAUGCAUUUCCAUGA